AUGUCACAAGAUACAGGGCUCUUCAGCGUGCGCCGGCCUCGAGAGACAUUGGGUGGUAUCAACUACAACUCCGCAAUUCCACAACCUGCUUCCGCCUUAAAACGCUCCAAUUCUAUCUCCAACAUCAAAGAGAACUAUGCACCGCACACAUCCCACCAUGCUCGCUCGGUCUCCUCCUCUCGCAUGUCGCUCGCUCCCAGUCGGCCUCAACAGCCCAAUUUUCAGCGUGCCUCAUCAGGCGUCAACUUCAAUACUCUCACGGAGGGGCAGACAAACCGUCCGUCUACAGUGCAGCGAAGCUCUUCUUCCAACAUGUUUGGUGGUGUGUCCGCAAACAGAAUGAGCUAUGCGCCGGGCGCAAUGACGCCAGCGAACCAGCAAUCGUUGAGCGCUUCUCAGAGCAUGCAGCGAAGAAGCAGCAUAUGGUCUCGAUCCUCUUCCACUGGCGGGAUGGGCCACCAAUCGUUUUUCACACAAGCGCCAGCUCCAGCUAGCGCACGAGGAGAUCCACGACCGUGGAGAGAUCCAAACUACAGAGCGAAAGUGGGCCAAGACUUGCUUGACUACCUGACACGGAACAACUUCGAAUUGGACAUGAAGCGCUCGCUCAACCAGAAGAGCAUGACCUCACCUACGCAAAAGGACUUCGAGGCUAUUUUCCAAUGGCUGUAUCGUCGAGUAGAUCCCGCCUACCGUUUCAUGAAAAGUAUCGACUUUGAGGGGCCCGCUAUCCUAAAGCAGCUACGGUAUCCGUUUGAGAAUAAAGUCUCAAAGUCACAAUGGGCAGCGGUCGGCGGCCAGAAUUGGUCCUCAUUCCUUGGAAUGCUACAAUGGAUGAUGCAGAUAGCUCAGAUGAUGGAUAAAUACGACGUCGGUGAGUACGACGACGCAUGUGCAGAAGCCGGUGUGGACGUCAGUGGAGAUAGAAUCAUCUUCCGAUUCCUAAGCGGAGCUUAUCAUGAUUGGAUACAAGUGGAAGUGGAAGAAGGAGACGAAGACGGAGAAGAAGAAGCGAAUAGGCAGGUGGUACCUCACGUUGAAGCUAUGGCUGCCGAGUUUGAGCGAGGUAACCAGAAGUACGCCGAAGAGAUGAAGAUCCUUGAGGCAGAAAAUGAGGUCCUUAAGCAGCAUAUCGCCGAAGCUGAAGCAGGCGCUCCAGAUCUAGCGAAGCUGGAAAAGAAUUUCAAGAUUCUGGAGGACGACAAGCGGAAGUUUGAGGAGUACAACACCAACGUUGAAGCCAAGGUCGAGAAGUAUGAGCAACGGAACAAGUUUUUGCAGGAGGAGAUCGAACGCACGGAGGCAGAGCUCGGAGAAGUUGAGCAGGAGAAGACCAACUUGCAAGAUUCAGUGGACAGGCAGGGUAUCACUAUACAGGACAUUGACCGCAUGACUACUGAGCGGGAAAGAUUGCAAAAAGGCCUCGAGACCACAACAACCAGGUUGGGGGAAGUCAAGCGAAGAGCGGGCGAAAAGGAAAUCGACGCCAACCGCAGUCUGGAAGAGCUGGAACGCGUUGUUGAGAAGUACAACUCUCUGUGCUACCAGAUCGCCUUGGUACCUGCCACCGCAGCAAAUGCCAAGGGCCAGGACUUCGAGCUCCACCUCAACAUUGAUUCUACGCCCAACUUCUCGUCUUCCCAAAUGGGCGCCUCACAGCGCGGCAGCAGUAAUGAUCGUCUGCUCGCUGACCCUUCGACCGGCUACCAUCCUCCUCACGUCCUCAACCUUGACCUACGUGGCAACAUCAAAAGCCAGCUCAUCGGACUAAGAAAAGAAAUCAAUGAGAGGAGAACGUUGGCAGUUGACGCGGACAUGAAGAACCAUGAGCUGCUGGACUCUAUCAAAGAAGCUAUUGACGACAAGCGAAGUGAAGUAGAAGCUUUAGAGCACCGUGUAAGAGCGGCCGAGGAGGAGUUCGAGAAGACCAAAGAGGUCACAUCUACCCAGAAAGUUGCAUCGGAUGCGCAGAUCGAGAAGAUGGAGAAGGAGCUCGCAAAGAUGCGCGCCGGCCUCGACGAAAGCGUCCAGCUAAUGGAGCAGCGCGAGAUGAACACUAACAUCGAAUUCGAACAACUGACCCUUCGUGCCAACGCCCUGCGCGAGGAAUUGCACACCGAAAUCGAGAAGAUCUUGAACGAUGUCAUCAAGUUCAAGGUCCACAUCCAGCAAAAUCUCGAAAACUACGAAGCGUUCGUUGACCAAGAAGUCAAAGCCGAGCUUGACGAUGGAGGCGCUGAAGAUGAAGGACUCGAUGGUGUUGCUGGGAUGGAUGAAUAA